CUAAACCCUAGCUGCCUCCUCGUUCCCGUCUUUCGGAGUUUCGCAGCGGAAGAAGCUCGGCGCCGUCUCCCUCAGAAGCAAUGGCCGUCCCUCUGCUAACCAAGAAGAUCGUGAAGAAGCGCGUGAAGCAGUUCAAGAGGCCUCAGAGCGACCGGAAGAUUUCCGUCAAGACAAACUGGCGGAGGCCUAAGGGUAUUGAUUCACGUGUAAGGAGAAAGUUUAAAGGAUGCACUUUGAUGCCCAACAUUGGCUAUGGGUCAGACAAGAAGACCCGCCAUUAUCUUCCUAACGGAUUUAAGAAGUUUGUGGUGCACAAUGUCAGUGAGCUGGAACUUUUGAUGAUGCACAACAGGACAUACUGUGCCGAAAUAGCGCACAAUGUGUCAACCAGGAAGAGAAAGGAGAUAGUUGAUCGGGCAGCACAACUUGACGUUGUUGUUACCAACAAGUUGGCCAGGGUGCGUAGCCAGGAGGACGAAUGAGCUCGAGUCACGUCUCUAUGUUUUCAAAUGGCAGUGUAUUAGUUCUUAUUGUCGUUAUCCUUGGAUGGGAAUUUUCCUCAUGAUUUUGUUUUGGUUUUGAAAGUAAACAUUUAGGUUUUUCAUUGAUCAAUGCAGUUGUUGAACAUCUUGCACUGGCUGGCUAUAUCUAAUACUUUAUUUGAUGUAGAGGCGUUAAAUCUUAUCUGCCUCUUGUUUUCA